GUCUCAGGCCCUCCCCGCCGCCCUUUACCCGCGUCUCCGGGAGCCUCCCGGACCCCCAGUCCGCCCGAACAGGCCGGCCGCGACCGUCUCUGCGUCUCCUCGGCGCCCCUCACCGCCCGCCGCGCUCGCCGCCUGAGCCGUUCCGGGAGUCUCAGGCCCGCCCCGCCGCCCUUUACCCGCGUCUCCGGGAGCCCCCGUCCGCCUGAACAGGCCGACCGCGGCCGUCUGCGACUCCUCGACGCCCCUCGCCUUCCGCCGCGCUCGCCACUCCGGCCGACAUGAGUGGGGACCAUCUCCACAACGAUUCCCAGAUCGAGGCGGAUUUCCGACUGAAUGAUUCUCAUAAACACAAAGAUAAACAUAAAGAUCGAGAACACCGGCACAAAGAACACAAGAAGGACAAGGAGAAGGACCGAGAAAAGUCCAAGCAUAGCAACAGUGAACAUAAAGAUUCUGAAAAGAAACACAAAGAGAAGGAGAAAACCAAACACAAAGAUGGAAGUUCAGAGAAGCAUAAAGACAAACACAAAGACAGAGACAAGGAAAAACGAAAGGAGGAAAAGAUUAGAGCCUCUGGGGAUGUAAAAAUAAAAAAGGAGAAGGAAAAUGGCUUUUCUAGUCCACCAUUGAUUAAAGAUGAACCUGAAGAUGAUGGCUAUUUUGCUCCUCCUAGAGAGGAUAUAAAGCCAUUAAAGAGACCUCGAGACGAGGAUGAUGCUGAUUAUAAACCUAAGAAAAUUAAAACAGAAGAUACCAAGAAAGAGAAGAAACGAAAACUAGAGGAAGAAGAGGAUGGUAAAUUGAAAAAACCCAAGAAUAAGGAUAAAGAUAAAGAUAAAAAAGUUCCUGAGCCAGAUAGUAAGAAAAAGAAGCCGAAGAAAGAAGAGGAACAAAAGUGGAAAUGGUGGGAAGAAGAGCGCUAUCCUGAAGGCAUCAAGUGGAAAUUCCUAGAACAUAAAGGUCCUGUAUUUGCUCCACCAUAUGAACCUCUUCCAGAGAAUGUCAAGUUUUACUAUGAUGUCAACUCAAGUUCCUUCUCUUUGGUUCAGAGCUCUGAACUUGGAUAUUCAGUGUCUGUCUUUACUCCACCGUCCCUAAGCAAUCCACCUUUGGCGCUGGGUCUUUUGCAGGGUGAGAAAGACUGGCAGAAAUAUGAGACUGCUCGGCGGCUGAAGAAGUGUGUGGACAAGAUCCGGAACCAGUACCGGGAAGACUGGAAGUCCAAAGAGAUGAAAGUCCGGCAGAGAGCGGUAGCUCUGUACUUCAUCGACAAGCUUGCUCUACGAGCAGGCAAUGAGAAGGAGGAAGGAGAAACAGCGGACACUGUGGGUUGCUGCUCACUUCGUGUGGAGCACAUCAAUCUGCACCCAGAGUUGGAUGGUCAGGAAUACGUGGUAGAGUUUGACUUCCUGGGAAAGGACUCAAUCAGAUACUAUAACAAAGUCCCCGUUGAGAAACGAGUUUUUAAGAACUUACAACUAUUUAUGGAGAACAAACAGCCUGAGGAUGAUCUUUUUGAUAGACUCAAUACUGGUAUUCUAAAUAAACAUCUUCAGGAUCUCAUGGAGGGCUUGACAGCGAAGGUGUUCCGUACAUACAAUGCCUCCAUCACGCUACAGCAGCAGCUAAAGGAACUCACAGCUCCUGAUGAGAACAUCCCAGCAAAGAUACUAUCUUAUAACCGUGCCAACCGAGCUGUUGCAAUUCUUUGUAACCAUCAGAGGGCACCACCAAAAACUUUUGAGAAGUCCAUGAUGAACUUGCAAUCUAAGAUUGAUGCCAAGAAGGAACAGCUAGCAGAUGCCCGGAGAGACCUGAAAAGUGCUAAGGCUGAUGCCAAGGUCCUUAAGGAUGCAAAAACCAAGAAGGUGGUAGAGUCAAAGAAGAAGGCUGUGCAGAGACUGGAGGAGCAGUUGAUGAAGCUUGAAGUACAAGCCACAGACCGAGAGGAGAAUAAACAAAUUGCUUUGGGAACCUCCAAACUCAAUUAUCUGGACCCAAGGAUCAGCGUGGCUUGGUGCAAGAAGUGGGGGGUCCCAAUUGAGAAAAUUUACAACAAAACCCAGCGGGAGAAGUUUGCCUGGGCCAUCGACAUGGCUGACGAGGACUACGAGUUCUAGCCUGUCUUGAGGGGCAGGAAACAGUUCUGUGAAAAGGAACAGUGUGGUUUGGGGCAGAUGGAUAAACUGUGAGCCUCGAUUGCCCUCGCACCUGAGGGAAAGGGGCAGCAAGUCUUAACAAAGCAACAUCUUUGAGAAAAGAUAAACCUGGAAAUAUUAUAAGGGAGAGCUGAGCCAGUUGUCCUAUGGACAACUUAUUUAAAAAUAUUUCAGAUAUCAAAAUUCUAGCUGUAUGAUUUGUUUUGAAUUUUGUUUUUAUUUUCAAGGGGUCAAGUGGAUGGGAAUUUGUCAGAGUUCUGCCAGACAAAUUCACUGUUUCACUGAAACAUUUGGAUUCUCUUAGCUACUGUAUAUGAAGUCCGAUUAUAUUGGUGCGUUUUUACAGUUAGGGUUUUGCAAUAACUUCUAUAUUUUAAUAGAAAUGAGUUCCUAAACUCCCGUCUCCCCCAUUUCAGGAAUUUAAAAUUAAGUAGAACAAAAACCCAGCGCACCUGUUAGAGUUGUCACUAUCUAUUGUCAUGGGAAUCAGUUUUCAUUAAACUUGAAGCAGUCGUGACAUCGGCAGUGUUUUGGUUCAGACACCUGUUCACAGAAAAGCAUGAUGGGAAAAUAUUUCCUGACUUGAGUGUUCCUUUUUAAAUGUGAAUUUUUAUUUCUUUUUAAUUAUUUUAAAAUAUUUAAACCUUUUUCUUGAUCUUAAAGAUCGUGUAGAUUGGGGCUGGGGAGGGAUGAGAGGGUGAGCGAGUCUAAGGAUAAUGAAAUAAUCAGUGACUGAAACCAUUUUCCCAUCAUCCUUUGUUCUGAACAUUCUCUGUGCCCUUUCAGAUACCCAUCUUUUUCAUUUUAAACCCCAGUCUUUCACUUGAAAGAUUUUAUUGUAUAAAAAGUUCCACAGGUCAAAAAUUUAGAGGAAAAUGAGUAUUUGGUCCAAAAAAGGAAAAAUAAUCAAGAUUUUAGGGCUUUUAUUUUUUCUUUUGUAAUUGUGUAAAAAAUGGAAAAAAAACCACAUAAAAAGCAGAAUUUUAAUGUGAAGACAUUUUUUGCUAUAAUCAUUAGUUUUAGAGGCAUUGUUAGUUUAGCGUGUGUGCAGAGUCCAUUUCCCACAUCUUUCCUCAAGUAUCUUCUAUUUUUAUCAUGAAUUCCCUUUUAAUCAACUGUAGGUUAUUUAAAAUAAAUUCCUACAACUUAACGGAAA